AACGUCCAGAAAGCUAGCAGAGAGCACGCUCACAACUUACGCCACGUUUUGUCGGCUCGUUGGCACAAAUAGGUUUCUCCGAUUUCCACCGACACUUCUUGUUCUCUGCCGCCGAGCAAGACGCUCCUCUCCGGAGUGCGUUGACUUCCCGAGCCUCCGUCGCCGCCCGCUUGCCGACUCAGAACCUCGGGCUCGGGGUCGUCCUCCUCGCCGCCGCUGCCGUUGGAAGAGCAGGCCGCCGGCAGGCCGGCGUCCGCGUCCCCGCGCUCGGGCCCCACCGGACACGGGUCCAAAUCCGCGUCCAUAGCCGUUCCUCGCUCCCGGUUCUGUAAGGUUGCGCUCGAGUGUCUUCCGCUCUAGUCGCUUGAAAAUAAGCGCGCCGCGCUCCUCACUUCGAGGACAACAUGGCCGACGCGUCGCUUUUUCGUGACGUCUUUAUGUAACGUCAUCGAACGGCACGGGAUUGGACAAAGAGAAAUCCCUAAAUCUAGGUAUGAAAAGUCGCAGUCGACAACGUUAGUUACUGGCAGCCAUCUUAAAACAGUGAACUUCUCUGGCGUGCUCCACUACAGUGAACAUGAAACCGGCCUCCUGGUGACCCGCCGGGGGGGGGGGGAGGACUCGGGAACGCUCGUAUAAAAGACGUCGCAGGAUGGCGUCAUCUGUGUUUCUUCCUUCUCCGUGGUCGUCAUGCGGGGCUCGGUUCUUCUUCGCACUUGGCUGUUCCUCUGCCUCGCCAGGGAAACUCUACAAGGCGGGGUUAAAGCGCAGGGUGUGUCGUGGAGGAGGAUCAUACCAGCCCGAGGUGUCGGGGUCCGGACCAAAGGAGUGAACGGUGCCCUGCGUGGAGCACCGCCGGGCAGAUUUGUCAACAAAGCGUUGAAGGCUGGAAUUGGCCAUUAUCCUGUCCCCAGUCCGCUAGGAGUCGGGGGCUACCAACCUCUCGUACCCGGACGCAUUCCCGCCUAUGGAAACCAUUACGGCGGGAAUCUGGGUACGGGCUUGCCGCUCGGGCUGGUGCCCGCAAACGGUCUGGUGCCCGCAAACGGUCUGGCUUUGGGGCACGCCGGCAAACGCGUUUACGGCGGCGGCCCUGUGCCAGGAUACGCUCCUUACGCCGGCAUGGGCUACCCCGCUGCCCGACCAGGUUACAUUGGUGGUGCGGGCAACUAUCUUGGAGGAAACCUGGCCCCAGGGGCUUACGGGCCAGGCCAGGGAGGAUACUUGGGAUCAGCUGGGAAACUUGGAGCCCCCGCUGCUCUCGGUCCGGGAGGAUACACGAAAGGGCCCGCGGGUGGUUCGGCAGGUUUAGCUAACGGCGGCGCAGGAGGAUACGGGGGCGCUAUGGCGGGAAACGGCCUCGGUUACGGGAAUGGCUACGCCAACCCUUACGGAGCUGGUGCACUGGGUACUGGAAGCUUCGCCGGACAGCCGCAGGUACCAUAUGGAGGACCUGGUGCCGGAUUAGACUCAGCUGCCGGCAAAUACGGAGGAGGGGCGGCAGCUCAGGUCCCUUACGGCGCCGCUCCGGUGGCUCCCGCCAGACAUGAGGGAGACGGGGGUUACCCGUACGGCGCACAGACCAUCGGACUCAGCGGCGAUGGCGGUAAAGCCGCCGGCAAACACGGUCCAGCAUAUGGAGCGCCACAAACAGGUUACGUUCCGCAGCAGCUCGGUCCGAGUCACGAGGCCUUGGAGGCCAAAGCGGCCAAGUACGGCGCGGGAAUUGGACCGUUUGGUGGAUACAAAGGUUGAUUCAGUCCACCUGAGAGUUUACAAGUGCAUCUUUUUUCCAUUUACUGUUUGUCUGCGUGUUGUUUUUGAAAUCUUUAUAUGUAAUGGACCUUUGUGACAGUGAUGUGACGAUGAGCAGAUGGAGU